GUCAGAUAUAACAACUUCAUGACCGUUUAUUCUUUGUUUUUCUUUCUAAACACUCUUUGUGUUAAAUCUUUUAUUUCUUUGUCGAGAGAAAAACAAUCGAGUCGUGUUGUGUCCACGGAUUUUGUGCUGGGAUACAAGGAAGGUCGUUUGGUGUUUAUUCUAGGCUGAACAGAACUCUUUAUUGUGGUACCACCGAUGUCAGACAAACGUCACAGAUAAGGCUCCAGAUUGAGCCAUACAUUUUGCUCGGUUUUGCAUUAUUAAUGACCAACACUGUGGGCGUACUCAAGCUUAUCACCGACGUAUACAAGCUGUAGCAAUCGUCUGUAUUAAGAACUAAACAACAGAAGAUGUUCUUCGUGGAUCAAUGAUCUUUGAUCAACUCCUGAACGAGUUUAAAUGUGAUUGAACACUCUCAAUAUCCUUGCCCACGGCUAAUAACUAGAAAAGGAAAGCAAGUGAUACCGUGGAAAAAAAGAUGAUGGGUUCGAACGUAAAAGGCAACGUUUGUGUAUCGUUGAAAAAAGUGCCACCAAAGAAGCCACCUCGUCUCCACAUCAGACGUAAACCAGCGAGCUACCAUGCAGAUACUGACUCGCUACAGAGACAAAAGAAUGUUCCGGAGAGUAUUUUGAAAGACAACAAAAGCGAUCAAAGUGAAACGUUCAAUGAAAGAAAUAAUGACGAUGGAGAAGAGGAUAUUUUUGCCAACAGAACGUAUGAUGUCAUUGAACCCCCGCUAGAAGAGAAAGAAUUCUCCGACCUCAAUGUCGAUAUUAUAGAGAAAGAGGCGAGUCAAAUAAACGAACAUAUUUACGAAAGCAUAGAUAAAGUUAUCACAAAGAACACUUCAUCCCAAACAGAGAGUUUUGUUGAGUUGAAUGAAAAUCUCGCGGAAGCGGGAAAUUUUGUGAAAGUUUUCAAAGAGAUCAGUUGUCAAACAGAGACGCCAGAGUCUCGGAGGAACAAGAAAAGAAACAGCGAUACACGGGAAGAAGACAUGGCUGCGUUUGGGAAGACAAAGGAAUCUCGUUUGAGCAGCGAUUCAAGCACAUCGACACAAGACUCGCACGAUAGCGCUGACUCAGGACAUUUCGGUGCAAGAAACGCAGGGAAGAGCCCGCGAUCUCCAGAAUCACCGUAUCUAUGGCAACCGGAAGGGUUGAACCAUGAUGAGGUAAAAUCAUUUAUGAAUUCUUUGCCGCGAGACAAAGUUCCCAGCGCUAUGAAUCCAGAAGGUGUUGCUCACUUCAACUCUCAACUGGCCUACCAGAAUCCAAAACAAGACAGUGACCCAGCACUGUGCAAGAGUCUGAACAAGGAUCAAGAAAUUUCUUUGAAAUGCCUGUACAUGAACCUGCUUGAAGCACGUGGAACUGGAUUCAUAAAGAUCUCAGAAAGCAAUGAAAAUACUUGUGAAGGAUGUGGUAAUAUUUUUAAGAAGAACGAUAUGGUGGUGUCUACUGGCCAAGGAUUACGUCAUCCAUCUUGUUUCGCCUGUACUGUAUGUCAGCAGUUCCUCACCAAGCUCAUUUAUUAUUCAGAUGAUAACAAUCGCCUGUUCUGUGGCAGACACUACGCAGAGUUGUUUAAACCACGCUGUUUCGACUGUGAUGAGUUGAUCAUAGCUGGAAAGUUCGUUCGUGCGAUGAACCACACCUACCACGCAGAGCAUUUCCGUUGUGGUAAAUGUGAAGAAACAAUUGGAGAGAAAAGAUACACGACAGAGGGAAACCAAGCGAUUUGUCUGAGCUGCCACACAGCACAUCUCGCGGAUGAUUGUCAGGCUUGUGGUAAGAAGAUAACGAUCGGUCAGAAGCGUAUGUCCCACGGCAGUAAAAACUGGCACGAGGAGUGCUUCAUUUGCGAAAAAUGUCGAAGUAAUCUUGUUCUUGGCAGCUUCAACAUCAGCGACGAGAAAGUGAUUUGCGGCAAAUGUUAUCAACAAACGAAGAGCAAGAUGUGUUGUACGUGUGGAGAAGAAAUCAAAGCUGGAAGCAGUCUGAUCGAACAUGAUGGAUUAUUUUAUCAUAGCGAUUGCUUCUGCUGUAAAAGCUGCCGUCAGCCGAUCAAGUCCAACUUCAUGGAGAAUGAAGGAUCGUUUUAUUGUCCUUCUUGUCAUCGCAACCUCUUCUCAGAGAAAUGUGUGCAAUGCGGCCUGGCCAUUGUAGGAGACGGUGUCACGUAUAACAACGAGGUUUGGCACGACUCUUGUUUUGGUUGUUACAAUUGUCAGCAGCCUUUAUCCACACGUAAGUUCCUGAUACGAGAGGGAAACCGGUAUUGCAACUGUUGUUACGAAGAUAUCUUCGCAAAGCAGUGUCAUAGUUGUUGUAAGAAGAUAAAAGACGGUGCUUAUUUGACAACGAAUGAUCUCUACUGGCAUAGUGAUUGUUUCAAGUGUACAGACUGUCACAAAGAUUUAGGACACAUUGGCUUCCAUAUGGUUAACGAGAAGACAUAUUGCUCAGACUGUCCAAGAUCUGUAUUUUUUCAUUGAUUUAUACAGAUAAAGCAAAUAAUGUUUAUUCCCCUGAACCCAUGGGGUGCGGUUGCCACCUCAUUAAUUGGAGAAACAAUAUGGUGAUCACCCUACCAAAGUCAGGGUUUUUACUACACCCUUUUGCAUAUUCAAGAUAACCCUGUUGUAUACUAGGUUAUGUUUGUAGAUAGUUAAUAGAUGUACUAUAUGAAAGGAGUUAAAAUUCAGGAUGUAGUAAUUAUGAUAAUUGGUCAACAACUGGUGAACAGUACUAUUCAGAUUUUAGUUCUCCAAAAACAAGUGUGUGCUGUUUGUUCACAUUAUGAAAUAUUUAUUGUUGUAUGAUAUAAAAAUACAUAUUAAUUUAUAUAAUUUAACAAACACUGAGUUAAUCAUCAUAAUCUAAAUGAUUUCAGAAGAUAUUAUCCGAUUAUAAAUAGUUGAAAGUUAUGAGCAAAUAUUAAAUAAUAUACAUCGCAACU